UCAAUAUUUAAUUUCAUUUCUGCAUCAGCAAUUCUACCAAAAACUUUAAACAUGUGGCAAGCGUGUGAAAAAGAUCUGUCUUUCGAUCUAUGAAUUUAAAGUUUUCUUUCACGGUAAGGUCUUGUUGCAUGUUAGUUGAUUACAUCGAAUACACCCGUGCAAGAAACGCAGACACUUCCAGAGUAAUCUGUCGAAGUCAGACAGCCAUCAUCAACUACAAGUGCAAGGCCUAUCACAAUUUUGAUUCCAACCAACAAAGUAUGGAAGAUUGGAGUUCGCACAUUUCUAUUGGAAUCGAUACAAGAAUAAUUUGAUGUUAGUUUCCCUUGAAACAAACUUGUUACAGAUUACAAAAAAGCUUCGUAAUGAGCACGAACUCCAUUUUACAGUUACAUACACAGGAUUUACUGCUAAUCAUAUGUAUUUGUAAAACUGUAUACUCUUCCAUUGUUAUUCUUAUUUGAUUUAAAAAAAACAGGAAUGGGCAUUGUCACAUUAAACUAUGAAAACGCUAAAAUUAACGGUAGCAUUGUGACAUGUUGUCUCGAUUACAGAGAUUAUGCAGGAAACACCUCUCUGAUGUAUGCAGCCAUGAAUAAACACCAAAAGGCUUUUGAGACAUUAAUGCGUUUUGAUCCAGAUGUGAACAUAUCCAGGUCCACCAAAUAUACUUUCACUGCGCUAUCGUACGCUUAUGACGAUGCGUGGUUCGUUGAGCGACUUCUAGAUGCAGGAGCAACUUUCGACUGUGACAAAGGAAUGGCAGCUUUAGAAACAGCCGUAAAUAGUAGACUUUUUUCAUCGAUAAAUAGCGUAGAUGAGCGUUUAUUUGGUCUGAAGAAGUUUGACUUUGAAACAACUAUUAUAAAAGCUGAUAAAUAUAUUGAUGAUAAAAGUAUUCUCAGGGCACUACUCUUUCACAAAAAUAAAUUGUCUUUGAAUGUUUCGUUGCUUAGCACAAGAAGUUCCCCAGACCUAAUUAUAAAAUUGAUUCAAUCUGGUGCUGACGUGAACACGCGUAACGAUAAAGGAGAAACGGCGCUACAUAAAGCUGUUCUGUCACAAAAUUUAGAUAUUGUUAAAGAAUUAGUCAAAGCCAGUUGUGACCUUGAGAUUACCGAUAACGAAGGAACUACGGCUCUAGAGCUUUCAUUAUCACACACUAACACAGAAAUCAUGAGCUAUCUCAUUUCAAGCGGUGCGAAUAUACCGUUUGCAAUUGACAAAAGAGAGACCCUACAGACAAGAGCUGUAAUGUAUGGAACGAUGCAAGACUUAGAACAUCUGUCAAGAAAAGGGUUAAAUGUGAUGGAUUUUAACUAUAUGGGUAAGAAUGCCAUGCAUUUUGCUAUUGAGAGAAACAACACCGACAAGGCCUUAUACUGCAUAAAGAGCGGACUUAAUAUAAAUACACAGACUCCAGACAAUACUCCACUAAUGAUGGCUGCUUAUGGAAAGAAUUUUACGAUAGCUAAGCAACUUAUAGACCUAGGAGCUGAUAUUCAUUUCCGAAAUAAGAUUGGAGACUGUGCUUUAAAUAUAGCUUUAGACAAAGGAAGUGAAGAAAUCGCUAACUUACUGAUUCAGCAUGGAGCUGAUGUGAAAAAAGAAGGCUCUGUAGGUAUUCCGCCCUUGAUUAUAGCUGUGGAAAAAUGUUCGGCUAAUCUAGUGACAUACAUGAUAAACUCGGGAGCAGAGGUCAAUCAAGUUGAUCAAAGGGACAGAACUGCUCUUCUUCAAGCCUUGAUGCGUAAAUCAUAG